AUGGAGAUCCAAAAACAAAAGAGGGUUAUCGAUAACUACUACUUUCCCGAAGAAAUCAUAGACAAAAUCCUGUUGAAGUUGCCCGUCAAAGACUUGAUCAGAUGCAGCGCCGUGUGCAAGCUAUGGAACUUCCUCGUCAAAACCCCUACCUUCAUUCAAACCCACCUCAACAAUCAAACCACCGCCGGCGACGUUUCGGGGCUCCUCCUCCUCAUCUCCUCCGAAUCAAACGCUUUGCAUUGGGAUAACCCUGCAUCUUUAUUCGGUCAGUAUUCGAAACUCCUGCAUCCGAUUGACAACAAUAAGAAUAGUUGUUGGACCAAAAAUAGGGGUUCCAAAGUGGUCGGAACUUGUAAUGGACUCGUAUGCCUGGCUGUUUCCUCAUCUUAUAUUGACCCCUGCCCUCCUGUUAUUCUCUGGAAUCCAUCCAUUAGAAAAUUCGGGUUUCUGCCUAGUCCUAGUCGUGCCGUUAAGUGCUUCCUGAAUGAAAGUUAUAGUCUCUGCUAUGAUUCUCGUAUCGGUGAUUAUAAGGUUGUGAGAAUUUUCAUGGAACCCGAUCCUGAAGUUGAGGUUGAGGUUUGGUCCUUAGCCAGGGGUACCUGGAAGAGUCUUAGUAAUGUUCCUCCCGAUUUUUACCCUGAUACAUCUCGUAAGGUUUUUGUCAAUGGUGCUUUUCACUGGGUUAAUUACCCCCGGAGGAGAACGGAGCUGGAGGAGAUGGAGGAUUUUACUGCUUCCGUUGUGGCACUGGAUAUGGUUGAUGAAUCAUUUCGCAAUGUUGAGAUUCCUCAAGCUUUUUGGGGAAACCGUCCCCGUCCACUCAUGAUUUCAAGGUACUAUGGUGAUGGGGAUCAGUUCUGGCUUGCCUUAUUUGAUCCCCAGGGAGACUCUUGUUUUGACUUGUGGGUGAUGAAAGAGUAUGGCGUGGCCGAAUCAUGGACUAAAUUAUUCAAUGUGCGUCUGCUAGGAUCUCUGGAAGAAAAACCUUAUUGUAUCGAGCCACUUGGUCUAACAAAGAGUGGUCAGGUGGUGGUCAGGUAUGAUCGAAAUGGAGAGUUCAUUUCGUACAAGUUUUAUGACCCUGAGGACAAACAGUUCAGAGAUUUUGGAAAUCAGGGGGAUCACUACUACUACAUGGAUUCUUUCGUGGAGAGCCUUGUCUUACUUGGCCAAACCAAUGUUUUUUCUUACUAA